AUGAUCAGACGGCCCCCAACUGUCAUUGCCCUGGAAGAAAGUGAUGUUGAAUCUCACCUUGAACGGAUCUAUAUCCGUCAUACCCUGACUGUUGAAUUCGAGCAGUUGCACCUAGACGAGAGCUGCGACGAAACGAUGGACCCAUCCCUCAGCUCCUGUGUCCCUACAGAAUCCAAUGCGGACAUUGAUACCACAGGUCUGAGUCAAGAAGGAUUCUCAUGUUUUGAGUCUUCUCCAGGAGAGAGGAGCUAUGCCUCUACAAAUGCAAUUCCACACACUUCUGUGACAAAGUCAUGCUUCAAAUCCCCAAACCCAAACCACCGGUCCUCGUUCCAUUUGACAAUUUCGACUGGAAUACAAUCGCAAGCAGACUGGUCUGUUGACCCACCGCGACUGAAGGUGAAAUUUGCGCUGUCACCGCAGGAACUCGAACUCCAUAGCGGCAAGGCCCCUCUUGAAGAAACAGAUCGAGAUUGUCGCGGAGAAAACCACUGGUCAAGCCACACAGAUGCUAUAUAUACACCCAUGUCCGUUGACUCGCCAACCUCGACGCCGCAGGUUUCAUUCUUGUCGUGUGGUGUCUCGUCAAGUCCAGCCACCGCAAGCGUCCCACCCCGGGACCUAACCCUAGCGUCCACCAUGUCUUACGAGGCAGUCUUGGCCGAGGGGGCAGUCUCGCCUGCUAGCGUGUCCAAUCACAUUGACGAGGACCGAAACCCUCACACCAACAUCGUCAUCCAAAAGCGAUCUCAAGAUAUCGUGGAUGCUUGA